GGUGUGAGGAGCGUAUUUUUGCACAUGGGCGGUGAUCUUCACUAACGCCACAGUGAUGCUCAGCGCCACCAUUGCUUUGUAAUAGGAUUUGUGUGCUCGCGUCGCUCGGAAAGUCCUGCGUCCUGUCCAAUAGAAAUAAUGCGUGAAUGUCGCACGGCUUAUUUAUAAAGCGCUGUGCGGUAACCGCGGGAGUAAUGUAGAGGAGGAAGGAGAGACGGUUUGAACGGAAACGCGGAGCGGCUUGGUGUAAAUGGGAAAUCUGAUGGGCGCUCUGAGGUACAAGGAGCCGAGCACCGUGGAGGAAUGCGACUCGACGUGGGAGACGGACUCGGAGAGCAGCGAGCAUCAUCCGGUAGGAGAGCAGGACAGCGGGCUGUCCACAGAUUCAGGACACUGUGGAGAGGAUCAGGACGCGUUUUCUCCGUUUAAUGACAUGGCUGAGUCAUCCACUAAGAUGAAAAGAAGCUUUUAUGCUGCCAAGGACCUGUACAAGUACCGCCAUAGUUACCCGAACUACAAGGAGCCUCGGCUGAGAAAUGAGUACCGCAAUCUGAGAUUCUAUCUGAAUAAAAUUCCUCUGGUCCCAGAUGGAAUCUAUGUUGAAGAGAUUCUCACCAAAUGGAAGGGUGACUACGACAAGCUUGAGCACAAUCACACAUAUAUACAAUGGCUUUUCCCACUCAGGGAACAAGGCCUCAAUUUCUAUGCCCAUGAACUCACUCAGGAUGAGAUUAAGGAAUUCCAGAACACUCCAGAGGCCAAGCGGCGCUUCGUGUUGGCAUAUGCUAUCAUGUUGGACUUCUUUGGGAUCAAGCUCCUAGAUAAGAAUGGAAACGUAGCCCGUGCUGCAAACUGGAAAGAUCGUUUCCAGCACCUGAAUGAUCCGGUAGGAGAGCAGGACAGCGGGCUGUCCACAGAUUCAGGACACUGUGGAGAGGAUCAGGACGCGUUUUCUCCGUUUAAUGACAUGGCUGAGUCAUCCACUAAGAUGAAAAGAAGCUUUUAUGCUGCCAAGGACCUGUACAAGUACCGCCAUAGUUACCCGAACUACAAGGAGCCUCGGCUGAGAAAUGAGUACCGCAAUCUGAGAUUCUAUCUGAAUAAAAUUCCUCUGGUCCCAGAUGGAAUCUAUGUUGAAGAGAUUCUCACCAAAUGGAAGGGUGACUACGACAAGCUUGAGCACAAUCACACAUAUAUACAAUGGCUUUUCCCACUCAGGGAACAAGGCCUCAAUUUCUAUGCCCAUGAACUCACUCAGGAUGAGAUUAAGGAAUUCCAGAACACUCCAGAGGCCAAGCGGCGCUUCGUGUUGGCAUAUGCUAUCAUGUUGGACUUCUUUGGGAUCAAGCUCCUAGAUAAGAAUGGAAACGUAGCCCGUGCUGCAAACUGGAAAGAUCGUUUCCAGCACCUGAAUGAGUCCCAUCACAACUAUCUGCGGAUCACGCGCAUCCUGAAAAGCCUGGGCGAGCUGGGCUUCGAGAGCUACAAGCUGCCUCUGGUGCACCUGUUGCUGGAGGAGGCUCUAGUGCAGGGCACUUUGACUAACAUGCGCCACAGUGCACUCGAGUACUUUGUCUACACACUGCGAAAGCACAGCCAGAGACGUGCACUGCUGCGCUUCGCCCAACGCCACUAUACACCUCCUGAGAACUUCAUCUGGGGGCCUCCAAAGAGAAAAGACUCCCCAGGGAUAAGGGCAAGCAGAGCGGAGUCCCCACUAGACAGGAGUGUAAGAAUAACUAGAGCUAUAAAGCAGGGGAAUCCAAACAGGCCUGUUGAAGAGUUAGAAGGGGUGGACAGGAGGGAAGUAGGGGAGUGGAAUUCAACAAAGCUAUCUAGGAGCCAUCAUCAGGGUAGAAGAGACACAGAUGAAUACAUUGAAACUGUACCUCUUUAAGAAUUUCGGAAUGGAAAAUUGAGAAAAUGAGCCUGAUAUUAAAACUAACUGUUUCGGGGAUUAGUAACGGGUGUGGCUCAAAGCAAUAUUAUUUCCUGUCUUGGCCUUCAAAUAAUAGCAAUGAGAGAUUUGUUACACUUUGGCUUUUCUUCUUUUUUUUUUUGUAAAUCCGUAACUAAAUACCAAUUUUUAUUUAGUUUAAUUUGAGAUUUAAAAAUAUCUGCUGAUGAUUUUCUACACUAUUGCUAACCCUGCCUAGAUCUGUUACACUUCUUAAACAAUCUUUAGCACACAGAAGUGUAGAUGUGAUUAUUAUCUAACUUGAUUGUGAAUGUGUGUUGCACCUUUGCCUAUCCAGUCUUCCUGUGUGACAUAUUGCGGGGUUUAGAUGGACUCCAAGCUUAAACCGAGCCUUUUGAGCCUUAGGCUUAAGUGUAGUUAAUUUAUGUAGAAUCAUAAGUACUAUGGCUGUCAUAGUUAAUACAGCUAGAAUACAUACAAAAUACAUAUUAUAACCAACGUUUUUUGAUGCUUUUAAUGCAUUUUCCUAGUGCUAUCCUUUGCCUUGUUAGAAUUAAAUACUGAUGUACACAAUAAUAAGUGUAGAAAUAGAGACUACUGGACAUCAGUGCAUAACUGUAGUUAUCUUAGGAGACAAUCGAGGUCAGUUGACAAAACUGUGGAAAAUAGAGGAAAAUCUACAUGCCCUGGCUCUAAUAAAAAGAGUGUGUGAGGGAUGUAGUGGAACAUUAAAGAGAAAAGUUAGCACUUAGAACAGAUUGCACUAUCAGCGUUUUGAACACUUCACACAAACACACAGUGUCUUCACAUAACAGUUUGCUUUGCUUCCAGCUAAUUGGUAAAAAGAUUCUUAAAACGCAGUCUUCUGGCUGCUAUAUUAGAAAUGACAUUGAAAUGUGGAAAUUCUGAAUUCAUUACAAACAGCUACAAAUGUGACUAAUUGUUUAUUUCAUUCAUUUAACAGCCCCGUGAGAAACAUAUCACUUUAAUGAGUGGCAUAUUUUAAAUAUCACUACUUGUCAGCACUAUUAUGCCUGUGUGUCUGUAAUUCAGAGUUUGUGCAGUGUCUUAUAUCAAGUGCCUUUUUGCCUUUUUUUCAUCAGUGUGUGGUUACCCCGUGUCAUGUAAGGACAAUCAGAAAUGAGGUCACUGACCUCUGAGAGAGAAAUAAUUGUGUUUUAUGAAAUGUUAAAUAUAUGAAUACUCCUAUUUAAUUACUCAUAAGAAGGCUGUGCUGUGCUCCAGUGUAUACUCACCAGAUUAUGGGCUAACAUGUGCAUGUGUGUAUGUUUGAAUUUCUGCCUGCACUUUCGGUCUUUUCUAUGACAAGCACAUAGAGAAGUACAGAGGGAUUACAGUGUGUACACUCCUCUCUUUGUCACCCUCUUAUUCUCACCUUGUGUGUUUAUGCAUGUGUUGUACAUAUUUUCCUACUGCAUCCUCUCACACAGGUAGUGGGGAGAACAUAGCCAUCUGUUUCUGGACUCCCUCUGAAGCUCAAAUUUAAAAGGACUGUAGCAUGAGCAGCGGAAACACUUCACAAUGAUACACAAGGGGACACAAGGGUUCUUAUUUUUUACCGUUUUCUGUAACUUACUUAUGUGGAAUCAGUGCUGACUUGUCUCUGUUUAUGUGAGGCACUAUAAAUGUAUUUUAUAAUGUUUUGUACAAGAUAAUGUGAAAAUUCUGAGGGCUCUUCUUGUGACCUAUUGUAUUAAAACUGCAGCUAUUUCUGGAAA